CAUUUCUCUAUCUAUAUAUAAUAUAUGGCUUCUCAUACAACGCCAUGCAUUGCUAUCUUAUCAUGUUUGCUUCUUCUUCUCUCUUCCUCGCAAUGCCAGGGGCAACUCUCCCCUACAUUUUACGACAAAACAUGCCCCAACGCUCUCAACAUCAUUCGCACUGCCGUAAGGCAAGCAGUUUCUCGUGAGCGCCGCAUGGCCGCUUCCUUGGUCCGUCUCCAUUUCCACGACUGCUUUGUGCAGGGUUGCGACGCUUCCAUCUUACUCGACGAGUCGCCAACCAUUGAGAGCGAAAAGACGGCAUUGCCUAACCUUGGCUCUACCAGGGGUUACGACGUGAUAGAGGCUGCCAAGCUCGAGCUAGAGAAAUCUUGUCCUGGUAUUGUAUCUUGUGCUGAUGUAUUGUCGGUGGCUGCACGUGAUGCGUCAGCUGCAGUGGGAGGUCCGUCUUGGACAGUGAAGCUAGGAAGAAGAGAUUCCACCACGGCUAGCCAUACCCUAGCUGAAACCGAUCUUCCCGGCCCUUUCGACAAUCUGGAUAAACUCAUAUCCAGCUUUGCUAGCAAAGGCCUUAAUACAAGAGACAUGGUUGCCUUGUCUGGUGCGCACACUCUCGGCCAAGCUCAAUGCUUCCUAUUUCGCGAUAGGAUUUACGGCAACAGUACCGACAUUGAUGCCGGUUUUGCUAGCACCAGAAGACGCCAAUGUCCUAAAGACACCGGAAACGGAAAUUUGGCUGCACUUGAUUUAGUGACUCCAAACUCCUUCGAUAACAACUAUUACAAGAACCUAUUACAAAAGAAAGGUCUGCUUCAAUCGGAUCAAGUUCUAUUCAGUGGUGGAGCUACAGACAGCAUAGUUUCAGAAUAUGCAAGGAGCCCUCGAGCAUUCCAAGCAGAUUUCGCAUCAGCCAUGAUUAAAAUGUCUGAAAUUCAACCGCUCACAGAUCAAAGUGGGAUUAUUAGAAAAGUCUGCGGUGCUUUGAACUAGCUUCAUUCUUCAAUUUAUUUUUUCUCUCCAUCAAUUUAAUCAAUUGUAAUUUUUUUUCUUCAUAACUCAUUGAUUCUUUUUAAGAAAAAAUGUAAUAAUUUGUUGUAUUCUAUUGGACCGAACAAAGUGAGAUUGCAAUAAACCUUUCAUU